CUACCUCACCUUAUAAUUGUAAGGUUUAUCACUCUUAUCAGGCAUAAGGUGGAGGCAAAGAAGAAAUGGAGGGUAAUGUUGGUUUGAAAAUAGGGAAGGACGAAGACAACAAGGCAAAGAAAGGUCUGGAGGGCACCGGACUGAAUCUGCCCAGCAAUCGCCAUGGCAACCUUACGAGUGCCUCAAGCGAUGAAAACCUCAAGGACAUCUUUCACCAUAUCAGAACUUCCAAAACCCUUGCAGUGAUCAACUAUGGUGCAUCUUGGUGUCAUGUUUGCAGCCAGAUCCUCCCUGCAUUCUGCAGGUUAAGCAACAAGUUCCCAAAGCUCUCUUUCAUAUAUGCAGAUAUUGAUGAAUGCCCAGAAACAACACAGCACAUACGGUAUACGCCUACUUUCCAUUUCUACCGAGAUGGUGAAAGGGUUGAUGAGAUGUUCGGUGCUGGAGAGGAGCGGCUCCAUGACCGGUUGUGGUUGCACUCCUAAACAACACAGCACAUACGGUAUGUGCCUACUUUCCAUUUCUACCGAGAUGGUGAAAGGGUUGAUGAGAUGUUCGGUGCUGGAGAGGAGCGGCUCCAUGACCGGUUGUGGUUGCACUCCUAAAGGCAUUGACCGAGCUUUAGCUCUACAAACAUUUCAGCUAUUAAAUCUAUUUGCUGUAAAGAUCAUGUGCUCUGUUAAAUUAUGCGAAGAGUUUCUUAUAAUGUAUACUAGACUCACGGUUGGUUAGGCCAUUCUCAUUGUCCAAUCUGCUUUUAUUUCCUGGUAA